CUGACACACCAAACACAGACUGAAGUAACUGUGCUGUUCACACUGACUUACAUGGGUGUGAAAAGGUUUUUUUUUUUAAAGAAGAGAUUAAAAUCAUAUCUUUUAAUAUUCAUCUCUGCCUCAAAGGCAGCCGGUUAGUCACUAAAGCAACCACUGAGAAAUGAAGCAACGGUGCAGACAUUCAUUUUGUUCUCUUCUCUUUGAGUUUGCUCAACUCAGUUGGACUUGAUGUGUAGUCAGACUCUUUGAAGAGUGGCGUUCAUUUGAUAAACAUGAACAACAAUAGCCUUAACGCUAACUGCACAGUGGAAGUCCUUCAGGGUGUGGCCUACAGCCCUGUCUUCAUCGUGGGUCUCCUCGUCAACGCUGCCGCUCUGCGAGCCUUUAUAUCAAAGCGUGACUCCUUCACUGACACCCACAUCUACAUGUUCAACAUGGUCAUAGCUGAUUCUGCCAUCAUCCUCGUCCUCCCCUUCAGGAUCUAUGAUGCAUUCUUCUGCUUGCCAAAGACCUACAUGUGCACCGUCCUGCUCUACGUUCACUUUGUUAACAUGUACGUUAGCAUCUUGACGGUCACAACCGUCAGUGUGCAGCGUUACUUGGCCAUUAGGUUCCCUCUGCAGGUCAGAGUGAUGAGAAGGAAGAAAGUGGUAGCAUGUGCCGUGUGUCUCUUCAUCUGGGCGCUCAUCCUGACAAUAUGUGUCGUCUUCAGGAAGGAGAACUACCCUGACAAUCUCUGGACGUGUUUCGAAAGAUGUAAAGAUCGACCACUUAGGCUAGCAACUAUUGUGAUUCUGGAUGUGACAGGUUUCCUCAUUCCACUGGUGAUCAUUGUCUUCUGCUCCAGCCAGGUCAUCACAGUUCUUUUAAAGGCUGACAAGGAUCAGACAGGGACUGAAUCAGAGAGACGGAGGAGCAUCACUGGAGUAAUCUCAGCAAACAUGAUUAUCUUCAUCGUCUGCUACACACCGAUACAUGUUGCCUUUCUGGUCAACUUCUUGUACACUCCUCCUCCAAACUGGCACGAGGUGCACACUGCUCCACAUGUGUUUUUACUCAUAUCUGAAUGGAUUGCUGCCACAAACUGCUGCUUUGAUUCCAUCAGCUAUUAUUUCCUACUGAAACAGUUUUAUUCAGCAGCAAAAUUAACUCAUGGAAGUUCAAGUAAACAACAACCUAGAGUCUUUUCAUAGCAGAGAUGAAGAGGUGACCUUGAGAAGCCUCUCAGAUCAGACAUCUGCACAGACAGUAAAUAUGGGUGGAGCUAAUCUAUGUGGUUCAAAUGUAUUAUAAGCCAGAGAGAAAUAAAAAAAGUCUAAAAAAAAAAA